AUGCUUGGUUACUAUAGUUACGACGUCUCCAUUGCAGUUUAUGCUAUCGGUGGUGCAGCUGCAGCGAUUCUCUUGAUUCUGGUCCUGGCCUUGAUUGGAAUAGUUUUGUAUUGUCGAAGAGUGAAAAAAAGGAAGAGAAGAUUGUCUCAGCUUCAAAAAUCAUCCGUUUUCAAUCCUUCAAAACUAGAAAACAAGCAAGACCCUUAUAACUAUAAUGAAGAUCAUUACAUCUCCAUUCGUCGAAGUCCUCUCAGGGUUUCCACUUACAGCACUUUGCAAGCUGUCACUAAAAAGAAACCACCCAACUCCUUUGAUCGAAGACACAGCGAUCAAAAUGGUGAGCUAAGUAACCAUUACUUAAAUGAGUUUGAAAUGACAAAUAUUCCAGAAGAAACAUCUGUUGAUCCCAUUGGUUCGUUAGCCAGGAAAUCAACCAAGAUUCCAAAAUACGAGAUGUCUUCCUGUCAAGAAGCAGAUACACUUCCAGGCAAUAGCCAUUAUGCUAACAUAACAUUUUCUGCACCUCCCAGUGAACAAAAUACACUUAGACGCAACAAAACCAGCUUUUCGUCUCAGCCAUCAUGUGACAAUGAGAAGCUGGAAUUUCUUCCUCCUCCUUUAGAAUCAUUUUUGUCUGACGAUGACAAGGACAUGUAUUAUCCCACAUCUCAUAAUACACCACCGAUUUCGCCAAUGACAGUUGACAACUAUGAUUGCAAUUCUUCAAGGCAAGGUGAAUACUACAAGACUCCGGUCAUCCAUCCGAUCUAUGAUACCGUAUCAGAGGACCAAAAUUUUCUUCCUUCACCAACAUUCCAAAAUGAUAACUAUCUCAUCAGGGAAAAUCUCCCUGCUGCUAAGGCAGACUUGACCUAUGACCUGAAUGUAGAGAAUGGUAACAUCCCUCAAGGAAACUUUCUUGAACCAAACCAUUAUAAAAUACCAAGGCAAACAUCAAACAGUAACUUUAUUUUCCCUCCGCCACCUUCUCCAACAGACUUUAACGAUGACUUAUAUAAUUCAAACGUCUACUGUGAAAUGCAAUUAGGUUCAGAUAAAAAUGAUAAUUAUAAUUAAACAAACUAAUUGAUAUCUUCCAGAUUUAUCACUGAAGUUCAAAUCGAAGUUUAGCAGUUGACUUUAUUAUUAUCAUCAUCAUCAUCAUCAUUAUUAUUAUUAUUAUUAUUAUUAUUAUUAUUUAUUAUUAUUAUUAUUAUCUGUUAUUAUUUUGGGAUUACUUCAGUAGAAUUCUGGAAUGAAAGUUAUCAAAUGUAUAUAAUAACAUUAAAUACUACUAUUGUGAAAAAAAGAAAAAAAGAAAAUAAAAAAGGAAAACGUUAGCAGUAAGAGAAUAUUACAAAUCAAACAAAAUCAAACUUCAUCCCAGAUUAUCUCAUAAUCCAACAUCACACUCUUAACAGUGGGUUUUUUUUUUCAUGUACAGCUUAUUCACCCAACCAAAUAGACAUAUUUUGAAUCCUCAUCAUGCAUGAGUGAAGCUUCAAAUUCUUCAAGAAUAACUCUGCUCAAAGCCACUUGUGGGGUUUAAUUAUUCAUCUUUAACACCAAUCGAUCUAAAAUCAAUUGGUUGCUCUCACAACUAUACACUAAACCUCACUUAACCCUGUGCCACCAUAAAGCAGAUCACAGCUACGACUUGUCUCAGAUUCAGGUCAAGGAAUAUCGAAAUAGUUCGCAUUUUACAUAAAGUCUACUUUUUCUAUUGAAAUAUGAUAUUUUUGGUAAUUGAUAUGGUAUUGUUAUUUGUCAAUGGUGUUUCAAUUGUUUUUUUUUUUCAUAUAUAUAUUUUUUUUAAUAGUAUAUGCAGUCUAAAUUAUUUAUUUAUUCAAAUGGAAACAUUUUGUGACAUUUAUGAUUGCAAAGGUCUGUAUGAACGUCUUAAUGUCUUUUUGAAAAUAAACGUGUCAACAACUUCAAGACGCUUUUUAAAUCACA